CAUCAGCCUCGUGCAGCAGCAGCAGAGGAUUAAACUCAAGGAUCGACUGAGUUUGAUCUGAAAUUUAAACUUUGGAUAAAAUGAUCAGAGCGACUCAGACGUGAGACUCUGGAGAAAAUGCAGACGAGAGUUUCUCAAAGUCACUUUGAAGACCAGCCCCAGAGUCUCUGAUCAUGGACACUGAUCUCUCUGCAGCAGCUCAGGAAAACGCCGUUCGCCCGGUGGAAAAUUCUCCUCAAACGUGGACAGACUCUUCAAACGUGGCCUCUGUUUUUGACCCUCCUCCUGAGCUUCAGAGUUCACUGAUGUUCCUCAGGAGCUCGGGACAAAACCAGACCGAUCCCCUCCCACAAAACGACUUAUUUCUAAACUUUUCUGCUAAACCAGCUCCAGAUAUUUCCCAAAAGUCAAAAUUGUCUCCAGAGCUUCUCGACGUGACUCUGGAUUCGCCGGAUUUAUUCAGAACUACGCAGACGUCCGCCUUGCUCAACGGCAACAAGUCAGAAAUGGAGGAUUUAUUCACAGCAGCUCGUUCGAAGGAAGUGAACGAGUCUUUCGACGGCGCUGACAGUUUGUUUCAGCCCAAAUCAGCCGCAAAAGCAUUUUACACAGAACAUUCCAGUAAUAACGAAAAGGGAAACCAGUCGCCAGCGUUUGUUCAAACCAACGAUCUUUUCACCGCAAAUUCAAACGACAAACUGGAUCUUUUCUCUCCGUUUUCCAGUUCGAGCAGCGUGGACCCUUUCCCAAGUGACGUCAAGAGGGACAUCGACUUUUCCAAAUUCGACGAUCCAUUCGCAGAUUCCCCUUUGAAACUCUCGGAUCCUUUCCAAGACGCGUCACUGGACGCUUCCGAUGUUUUUAGUCCCGUUUCGCCCAAAACAAAUGGCAUCGUUGAUGCGUUUAAAGUCGCUCCGAGCAGACCCAAGCCUCCGAGGCCCGCUCCUCCGAGGCCCGCUCCUCCGAGGCCCGCUCCUCCGGUCCGGUCCCCCAAAGCGACCGCGCCUUCGUCGGACAAACCCAAAGAGAUCGUCCUGACCACUCCAAAGGGCUCGCAGCACAGUAUCCUCCAGCCCACCCCGCUCAUCCAGGCCAACAGCCAGUGCACCUCGCCAAACCAGUCGCCGACGCUCACACACGUGCCGACCUUCAGACGACCUCCUAAGCCCCUCCCUCGCAUCAGACGCGCUCGGACCUCCGUCACCUCCGUCGGCUCUGACACCACCGCCUCGUCCAAACCCACGUCCUCCGAUAAACCCCCCAAACCCCAGAGACCGUCCCCUCCUGCUCCGCCCGCGCAGGACACGCUCAGGGAUGUGUCUGAACCGGCUGAAACGGUGCCGUCCUCAGACCUCGGUCCAGACCUCAGUCCCAAACCUCCUCCCAAACUGUCCCCGAAAUUCCCCUUCAAAGCUCCUCAGCUUCAGGCUCCGGUCGUACGACGCAAACACAAGAAAUCGGACCAGGUGGAUCCAGAGAAUUACGUUGUUUUUGAGAACAUCCUUCUCAUCGGUCAGGAGCAGUGUGUGGAGGACUGGCCCGAGGACAGUCCUGAGGUCCAGCCCGACUUCAGACCUCGCGGCACGUUCCGACUGCGCCGAGAGUCCCUCAUGGCCAGAACCGACUCGGAGAACGACGACCCUGAAGCAGACGGCGGCUCAAAGAAAAAGGAGAAAAGGUUCAGCUUUUCCAUCCCCUCCAGAAGAGACUCAAAGGGCUGGUCUUCAGACGAGUGUUCGAGCAGAAGCAGAAGUCAAAUGAGCUCACGGAAAUCAUCCAGAGAGGAUUUCUCAGACACAGGCCGUUAUUCUUCUCAAGAGAUUAAAAAAGACACAGACGAUCCAGACCAAUGGGCGGAGCAUAAGAAACCUCAUUUUAAAGACAAAGUGAGCAGUUUACUGAGGAGGGCGUCGGCCGCGGCGUCUCUGUCCGACCACAAACGAACCAACGGAAAUGUGCCUCAUGAAGCCAAGGAUCCUGAGUUUAAAACGAGUCUGAGGGACUCGGUCAGACGCCACUCAGAGGGAACGACGUUGGAUCAACACUCGGGAGAAAGUGGAGACGAGUUUCAGUCUAAAAAGUCCAAACUGAAGAAUUUAAAACUUCUGCGAAAUAAAGCAUUUAGCUUCAGCAAGAGCAGUGAGGAGGAGCCUAAAGGAGCUCACGGCCCCACGCCACGAAAACACACACAGGACGACGGACUGGACCUGAUGAGCCCGAGUCUCCACUCACUGAAGGCUGAUUUUUCUGAAAAGUCCAAAAGUCUGGACGAAGAGGAGGAGGAUUCUGAAGCGGAGGAGCUGAAGCUGAAAUCGUCCAAACUGAAGCCUCUUCCAACAAAAUCCAAGAUGAACCAGUCGACUGAACGCCUCGACGCUCAGGACCAUUUUAAUGGAGAAUUUGAAGAUGUCGACGCUCUUAAACAGGCUCUGAGUCCGACUGAAGCGAACGACAACGAACUCGACGCGUCUGAACCGAAAAAGCCGUUCAAGCUCAAAGUGUUUAAGAAGUUCAAAUCCAAGAGCAAAUCCAUGGAGGAGCUGGACGACUUUUCAGGAGCAGCGUCGGGCGACUUCACAUCAGAGGCGGCUCAGGCGGAGUUUAUGGCGUCCGAAAAGGACAAACGCUCCAUGGACGACAUGGAGGACGAGGACGAGGACGGGGACACGGACAGUCUGAUGGAGUGGUGGAACACCGUGGAACAAUGGGACGAGCUGCCGUCAGACGAAGAAGAAACGACACAAGAAGAGGACGAGUCCAAGUCGUUCUCUGGUCUGGCCGAUAAAGUGGACCGUGGGCUGCGUCUGUUUAAUAAAGUGUUUGUGGAGCGUGCCGAGGUCCUGUGGCAGUCCGUCAUCACCCUCCACGCCAUCGCAGACGACAUCAGCCAAUUCCACAGCAAAGCCCGGAUCGCAGGUAUCACAGGAGGCACCACCACGGCGGUCGGGGGCGUGACUGCGAUCACUGGACUGGUCCUGGCUCCAUUCACACUCGGUACAUCUCUGGUCGUCACAGCGGUAGGAGUGGGCGUGGCCGCAGCCGGAGGCAUCACCUCCGCCUCUGCCGUCAUAUCGGACAACGUGAACAACACCAGCGACAGGAAGAAGGUGGAGACGUUGCUUCUUGAAAACGAGGUUCACCUGAUGGAGCUGUCAAAGAUCCUUCACUUCUCAAACACGGGCCUGUCCAAACUGCGCGGUCACCCGUUCCUGCGCUCGGGCACGCAGCACUACGCCCAGGACUGGGAGGUGCGGCGGGCGGUGCAGAUGAUCGGGCAGGUGGACGAGCCCGUCAUGAAGGCCACGGAGUCCCUGGACGAGGCGAUUUCCUCGGUGCAGGGUUUGUUUCAGGGGAUAGACAAGUACUUCCUGAAGGACGGAACCCGCGAGCUGAAGAAGGGCUGUAGGAAAGAGGUCGUAGGUCAAAUCAAAGACGUGGCCUCUGUGCUGAAUGAAUGUCUCAUAGAACUGAACGGAGUGAGAGAGGAGCUGCAGGGCGCCAUCGGAGAGGUGUAGAGAGGGGUGGAGAGGUGUAGAGAGGGGUGGAGAGAGGUAGAGAGAGGGGUGGAGAGGUGUAGAGAGGGGUGGAGAGAGGUAGAGAGAGGGGUGGAGAGAGGUAGAGAGAGGGGUGGAGAGGUGUAGAGAGGUGUAGAGAGGGGUAGAGAGGUAGAGGGGUGUGGAGAGGUGUAGAGAGGUGUAGAGAGGUGUAGAGAGGGGUGGAGAGGUGUAGAGAGGGGUGGAGAGGUGUAGAGAGGGGUAGAGAGGGGUAGAGAGGUAGAGGGGUGUGGAGAG